ACAUAAAAUCCUUUUCAAAUAAGUAUAAAAUUAAAAUAUUUUUAUAUAACCAAGGACGGCAGCGAUAUCAAUCUUGCUAAAUAAAUAAAGAACAGCACACAAUCGAUCAUUAUUAAUUCAAUGCAUUUUCUUUUUUUACAUAAAACAUUAUUAAUUCUAUGUACAUAAAACAAAAAUAUAUUUUAAAAAAAUGAAUCUUUAUCUACCUAAUAAUAUGUUGUUAAUCGAGCUUAAAUAAUAUUCCAAGGAGAUUAGGUAUCAUGGUAAAAAAUUCCUUGGAAAUGGUCAUCAUUUUUUGGACUAGCCGGCAACAUUAUAUACACAGUUCCAAAUAUUACAACGUACUUAACAAUGCUAAUCAGUGCCCAACGGCCCCAACCCAUACUCACUCUAUAUAUGUAUAUAUAUACAGAGUUGUUAUAUAUCAUCAUCAUUAUUAUUAUUAUAAUUACCUCAAAAACAUCAUCAUGUCGGCGGAGGAAUCAUACCGUGCAGAAGCAGCCGCCUCCAGAGAUAAUUCCGGUAGUAAUCUCCGGCCAUCGAGCUUCGAUAAAAGUACUGGAAUUUACCAUUCGGUUCACCAACUAGGUAAACAUCACAAAAUUCCCACAACGCCUAAUCUCGACACAGCCACAUUUGUGUUAUCACAAUUCCCACCCCAUCACCAGGCCGAGUUACGAGUCGCACUAAUCGACUCGGCCACGAAUCAGCGACUCACCUACGCUCAACUCAACCGCUCUGUUCUCUCCCUAGCCUCGGGAUUGUACCACGCGUUGGGAAUCAGAAAAGGCGAGGUCAUUUUCGUCCUUUCCCCCAAUUCGUUACUUUACCCGAUUAUUUGCCUAGCUGUGUUAUCCAUCGGAGCAGUUCUGACCACAGCGAAUCCACUCAAUACCGACUCGGAAAUCGCCAAGCAAGUGAGCGACUCGGGCGCCAAACUCGCUAUCGCAGCCCCCGAUUUGUUAAACAAGCUAAUCCCAACCGGGGUCCAUACAAUCCAAACCACACGGUCACCAGAGGGCAAUGAUGAUGAUGAUGAUGUUUAUGAACUCUCCAUCGAAGAGCUGAUCUCGAGUUGCGAUCCGGUCGAGUUGACUCGGUCAGACACAGACGAAACUGAGUUAAAUCGCCCGACUCAGUCCGACACUGCGGCCAUCCUCUACUCAUCGGGAACUACAGGAACCAGCAAAGGAGUAGUGCUCACACAUUCCAACCUCAUCUCCAUCAUGGCGCUGCUCAGGUGGAGCGUGGACGUCACGCGAGCGGAGAACGACGUGUACUUAUGCUUCAUCCCAAUGUUCCACAUCUACGGCUUGGCCUUUUUCGGACUCGGACUCUUCUGCUGCGGAACCACAACCGUUCUAAUGGAGCGAUACGACCUCAACGCAAUGCUCAAAGCCAUUCAAACCCACCACGUCACCAACAUCCCGGCCGUACCGCCCGUGAUCCUCGGGCUCGUUAAGUACGCCGGGAGAUUCUGCGCCGGCGGAGUCGGGGACCUUUCUUCGUUGAGGAGGGUGAGUUCGGGAGCGGCGCCGCUGGGUAAAGAGUUGAUAGAAGGGUUUCGGAAGAAGUUCCCGUGGGUGGAGCUGAGGCCUGGGUAUGGGUUGACGGAGAGUUCAGGGGCGGCGACUUUGUUCGUUUCGGAGAAAGAGGCGAAGGUGAGGCCUGGAUCUUGUGGUGGCCUUAUACCCGGAUUUUGUGGAAGGAUAGUUGAUGUUGAUAAUGGGAUGAGUUUGGGUCCGUAUAAGGUGGGUGAGCUAUGGUUGAAGAGUCCAACGGUGAUGAAGGAAUAUUUGGGGAAGAGGGAAGCGACGGUUGAGACGGUUAGUGGGGAUGGGUGGUUGAAAACUGGAGAUCUUUGUUAUUUUGAUGAGGAUGGGUUUCUUUACGUGGUUGAUCGGAUUAAGGAGCUUAUUAAGCAUAAUGGCUAUCAAGUUGCUCCCGCAGAGCUGGAAGCUAUACUUUUGGCCCAUCCUAAUGUUCUGGACACAGCCGUUGUACCGGUAGAAGAUGAAGAAGUAGGACAAAUACCAAUGGCUUAUGUGGUGAGAGCGGGCGGAGCUGAUCAGCUUUCAGAAGCACAAGUGAUACAAUAUGUAGCUCGCCAGGUGGCCCCUUACAAGAAAGUAAGGAAAGUAGACUUUAUCAAUGCCAUUCCAAGGUCAGCAGCAGGCAAAAUUCUAAGGAAGGAACUUGUAUUACAAGCUAAUAAUAAGCACCAAAAUAUUAACUCUAGAUUGUAAACGAAACUUAAUUAAUUUACUCACUGCUUCAAGCAAAAUACACAUACAUUCUUCUGUAUAUAUGUCUCUGCCCUCAA